CUCAGGCUAUAUAAAAGGAGCCCGAGCGGCAGAAAGCGAAAGUGGUGGCCUGGGCAGGCAGGGGCUAGGAGGAGCCAAGCGGGGGACCGGGACAGAGGCAGGGGAAGGGGCAGGGACAGGAGCAGGAGCAACUGCCCGCCAAGCGGGAGAGGAUGCUGAGCGCCCAAGAGCCACCUCCACCCUCCGGGCUGUUGGGGGCCGCAGCUGCCCGAGCCCCUGAGCCGCCGCUGCCGCGCAGCCCUCGGGGCACGGCCCUGGCUCCUGUCAAGCCCCUUACCUCCUUCCUCAUCCAGGACAUCUUAUGGGACGGGCCUGAGAAGCGCAGCACCGAGAGGCUCAGCCCUACUCCAGGGCCCGAGCCUGAGCCCGAGCCUAAGUCUGCGCCGCCACCGGAGGCCGAGCCUGGUUCCUUGUCGGGGUCCGAGAGAGGCCCGGCGCUUCAGGACCAACAGCCAGCGAGGCCCGCGGAGACUGACCGGAGAACUGAGCCAGGCUCCUCUCCCUCGGGGGCAGAGUCAGAUGCACACUUUGAGACCUGUCUGUUGGACUGUGCAAACCCUCCAAGUGCUGCUUCCCCCAAAGCUCUGAAGCCACCCAAGCGGUCCCGGGCUGCCUUCUCCCACACCCAGGUCAUCGAGCUGGAGAGGAAGUUUAGCCACCAGAAGUAUCUGUCGGCCCCCGAGCGGGCUCACCUGGCCAAGAACCUCAAGCUCACUGAGACCCAGGUCAAAAUCUGGUUCCAGAAUAGACGGUAUAAGACCAAGAGAAAGCAGCUGACCUCUGACCUGGGGGACCUUGAUAAGAACUCCCCCCUGCCCAGCCUGAAAGAAGAGAACUUCUCUGGGGCCUCGCUGAUCUCCAUGUAUAAUAGCUACCCCUAUUAUCCUUACCUCUACUGCUGGGGAGGUUGGAGUCCAGCUUUCUGGUAACCUUGGCUGCUGACUAGGGCCCAACCCAUAGCUGCUUCUUCCACUUUGUUCUCUGAAAGCAAGAGGGGGCCAGAGUCAGAGAGGUCAGGAGAGGAAAAGGGGGGGCUAUACAGCCUGCCAAAGGCUUGGAGCGGCAGUCAAGCUCCCAUGUCUUGAUUGUCACGUCCUGUUCACUAAAUCGGUGACCGGCAUCCUAUUUAAUAUUUAAAUGGCACUCAGGACCACCCAAGGCACCGAACGAGGGUACUUUUCUCAUGCCAGGGAUCUGCAGAGAAGGAUUCUUGUUCAGGUGAGGCUUGGAUUUAGAUGGCCUCUCAGGUGCCUCCAACCAGCUCUGACAUCCUGAGUCCUGAAGUGGAUCUGACUCCCUCCCCACUCCCAGUUUAACUGUCUUUGCUUUGAACUACCUUUCUAAAAAAAAAAAAGAAAGAAAAAAACGUGAGCUCCAGGGCUCUCUUCCCAGUGCCUUUAUGCAUUGUUUUAUGAGCUGUCAGCAUCUCUGCUUCCGGGAGGGUCUGUUCUUUUCCUUCAGCUUGGUCACCUGUGUAAACGGAGCAUCUCAUGAGAAGCUAGAGUCAGAACAAGAGCAAAAGCGGUGCCAAGACUGGAGCCUUAGGACAGGGUCUAUACUGUGGUUCUUAUUUAAAAGAGGUCCCAGACCCCUUUGGACCUGGGACCGUGCCUGGUGUUGUCUCUGUUUCUCCCUUUCCCCAUUCCCUGCCCCUCACCCCAGUAGAAUGUCAGCUCCUUGAGGGCAGGUACCAUUUCAUUUUCUGCCUCUGUAUCUCCAGUAUCUAGCAUAGUUCUUGGCACACUAGUAGGUGUUUAAUAAAUGUUUGUUGAAUUGCAUUCGGAGAAGGUCCACUCCUGGACAUUUUCAGAACUGGGCAGGCAAGGCAAGCGGUUAGGUACUUCCUCCAUUUCUGAUCUGGGGAAGGGGUGAAAAUUUUGCAAUGAAAUUUGUUAAAAGGUGAAACAUAGGUGAACUCUAAGGGUCUAUAUGGGGGGGUUCUAAAUGUUUAUUGUAUCAUGGAUCUCUAUUGGCAGUCUGGUACAGCCUAUGGAAUCCUUCUCAGAAUCAUAUUUUUAAAUAAUUGAAAGAAAUGUUAAUUUUGAGUUAGAAGUUAGUGGAAAUAAAGAUGGAUUUUUAAUCAUCCAAA